AUGGCUUUUCGAACGACUCUGCUUUGCCAUUUUGUCCUUGGGGUGUUUCUGUUCAUAACCGCGGCGGACGCAUGGUCGUUUGUUUGGCACGAUACAGAAAAUGACGCUCAUAUUGAGAAUGGAUCUGGGAAGCAGGCCUGCACAAAAAUUGAUAUGGACAAGGGAAAGGUUUACACCUGGGACCCGAAAAACUCAGACGGAUACUGUAUCAACCUGUUCUCAGAUGACCAUUGCGAAGACCGCAACGGAUGGUCAUGUCUAAUUUGGGGGCCGCGGAAACUCGGUCAGCGCGCGGUUAAAUCCUUUUUGGUCAACAAGGAAGGCGAUGAGCUUCCAAAACCAUCGCCGUCAUCAACAUCGGACAAGCCUACACCUACGGGCCGCACGAGCACAGACAGUGAGUCAAGUACAACACGCAAAUCGACCGAGACAUCGUCUUCAGGAUCUUCAACGGAGUCCUCAACAGAGACUAGUUCUACUUCCUCGUCCGAGAUAACUUCAUCUAUCACAUCUGAAGCUACCAGUGCGCCUACAACCGGUUCAACGUCACAAACCUCAAUGGAGAUGCCAAUCGAGACUGGGAGGCCAACUGGCCGACCACGGCACCCCCAUGCUGAGCCAUCGGUAUCCGGAGGGGUGAUUGCUGGGGCAGUUAUUGCGUCAAUAGCUGGUGUAGGAGGAUUGGCAUUCUUUGGCUACUUCAUCUUUCGGCUGCGGAGAGCGAGAGCAGCAUCUUCACCACAAGACACAGCCCACGACCCAUUUCCCCAUCAGCCACCGAAGAAUGGAUUCCAAGAACUUGACUCUCUUCCAACAUCACCCGCAACUGGGCCACAAUACGUACCACCUGCUUCAAUACCGACUGUAAUGGAGUCCGAAAAAAACGGGGCAGCAGGAUACGGACACCAGCAGCCAGCCAUGGCUGAGUUGCCUGAUACCUCUCAAGUUUGGGAAAUGGAUGCCAGUCGGCAUAAGUAG